AUGGACGAACACGUGCAAUCGUUUCGUUUACAACACAAGGCGCUUAUAAAACAGUUCUAUAUUACAUCAUCAACGCAAAACUUGGAGAAGUUAUACCAAAAUGCUCUUAAUUCAAAGGAUGAUGAAAUAGUGGAAGAAUUUAUAAAGCUAUGCUGUAUUAGUGUGGAUAGAACGAAGUUUAAAAAUUAUUUAACCAACAUUAUAGAACACUUCGUAUGGCUUGGUUUAAAGUACUACGAUGAAAUGGAUGGAUAUGAUGAAGCUCGAACAAUCAUUGAAAAUGAAGUAAAAAGGCUAAGAAUGAUUAUAAGGACUGACGAUCAAUUGUAAUAUUUAUUGUUUGAUGUGUAUUUUAUAGGCCAUGCGCAAAUAGUGUUUGGCGAUGAGUAGCUACGUAAAAUGUGAUUUCUCAGCGAACAACUCCAUUAUUAAAUCUAAAUGGUGUCUGUGGAGCAAUUACACUACCAUACAGCAAUUGUUGAGCACAAUCUUCAGUAUUUUUGUAUUAUGGCUCAGUGUUG